AUGAUGAAACUUUUGCUAUAUUAUAUUCUGGUUUUACUUGGAUUAAUUCUGACUGUUAAGGCAGUUCCAAGUACAAAUAUCCGAAUUCCUUCAAAUACUACUGAUUCCAAUUCAACAACUAUAAGUAAUCCAAUAGUACCCACAGAAGAUUCUUGUUCUCAUGUAGUAUUCCCAGCAGAGACAUUUAAGGAACAAGAUGAUGAUAACGCUGUAUAUUUGAAACCAUUAGCUUUACCUGAAUCUGGAUUUACCAAGGCAGGAUUGGGAAAAUAUACAUCUGUAUUUGGAAUUAGAAUAUUAGCUGAUAAAGAUGUUCCCGAUGAUAAAGUUACCUAUUUGGCUGAGUUAUUAGCAAGUGUUUUAGAUAAUGAUCAAGAUGGACUUGUUGAUGCAACUCAGAAUACAAUUUUGGAAACCAUUAGAAAUGCAAAUGCCAUGAUGGUUGUUGUGUCAGGUGGAGAGGAUAGAAUUGAUAAACUUCUAGACCCAUCUAAAGGUUUACCUGAAGAAUAUUCAUGUGUAAUGUUUUUACUUGUUGAACAAGCUAAAAAUAUUAUUCGUAAUGGGCCUCAUCAAAAAAAUUGUCCUGAAGACCUAGAGAAACCUAUAGAUCGAGCUCUUGGAUUUAUAGCAGAUUUUAUUUCACAAGCAGCUUAUCCUGUAACAUUUUCACUUAAUGAAGAAAGCUCCAUGAGAAUGGAAAAGAUGUACAAUGCAGCACUAAAAAACGGUUGGUUUAUCCCAAGAAAUAUCCCAGUUGUAAAUAAUGAUGCUUGUGAUGAAGAUUGUAGAAGGCUUUCUUUCCAAUCUUGGUUAGCUACAUCUAUAUUAGAUCAAGAUAAAUGUUCCUGUAUAAAAGCUAACAUAUUCAAGUUAUGCUCCUCAGAAGAAAUUCGACGAGUAGCUCCAGAUGACUUUGUCUACUUUGCUGGUGCUUUGAAAAAACCUGCACCUUAUUCCUCCAAUGCAAUAAUUCAAUAA